CCCUGUCCCAUCCGGCGAAACACGCCAAGCACGCGCACCGAAUCCAUCGCCCGAGCAAGCGGAGCAGACACCACCUGCCGCCCACCGUCUCCCUCCCAGGAGCUACUCCGAGGCGCCAAGAACCGAUGGCGAUGGCCAGCGGAGCCCCGCCGGCGCCGCUGCCGGUGGUGGGGCAGCAGUUCUGCGCGCCCUACGUGGUGCCGCUGACGGUGACCAAGAAGUCCCUCAGCCUCUCCGACGGCGACUUCGCCAUCACGGACGCCAACGGCGCCGUGGUGCUCAAGGUCAAGGGCGCCAUCUUCAGCAUCCGGAGCCGCCGCACCAUCCUCGACGGCGGCGGGAUGCCCCUCCUCACCAUGCAAGAAAAGGCGUUCAGUAUGCACCACCGUUGGCAAGUGUUCAGAGGGGACAGCACGAACGCAGGCGACCUGCUCUUCACCGUGAAGACAACUUCGCUGAUCCAAUUCAAGACCGAGAUGGAUGUCUUCUUGGCCGGGAACACCGCGCAGCAAGUCUGUGACUUCAAGAUCAAGGGCAGCUACUUCGACAGGUCCUGCGUCUUCUACCUUGGCGACUCCAACAACAUGGUAGCUCAAAUGAGCCGUAAGCUGACUGUUUCAAAUGUGCUGCUCGGGAGGGACACGUUCAGUGUCACCGUGUUCCCGCACGUCGACUACGUGUUCAUCGCGAGCCUUGUUGUGAUCCUGGAUGAGGUUCACAGGGACAAGCGCGACGAAUGAUGAGUCGGUUUGAUAAGCUCCUGGAUCCUGAGUGUUCUCGCAGUACUACGUACGGCGGUCGUGUCAUCUCAAGCUGAUGUGUUGUCACUUGUCACUGGUGUUAUCUGCAUUUCUUGUAUGCUAGCAUGGUGAAUCAUGCCGAAUUGUGAUAUUGUGGAAUAAUGUUUAUGCUCCUUAUAUUUGAUCCCCGGCCUGCUAUUGUAUCA